GGCCGCUACUUCAGCAGCCAUGGCAUCUGCUGCGCAGCAGCUCUCUCACGCUAGUAGUUAAGGAACUGUAGGGUCAACGGUCGCACAGACCCUGAGUCAGUUCACUAGCGUUAUGGCAAGCCAAGCGAUAGUAUUGACCCUCGAGGAGGUCGCCAUACAGCGAGCAGCUAUUCGCGAGGCACAGCUACAACAGGCGUUAGGAGAGAUCAAGGCAGAGAAGGAGAAAAUGAUUAGAAGAAGAGUCAGGAUACAGCGGAGACAAGCAGACGUUAGUGAGUUAGAGGAGAUGGAUUUGACGCACAUGGAUGAUAAUGUACCGGGACAAAGCCAGUGGGUUCCGAAGACGGCCAUCGCCUCCCCCAAACCCUUUACAAGGGACAAGAGGGGCGAAGACCUCAACACAUGGUUGAGGCCAGUGCCAGUCUAUGUCAAAUGUAAAUUGACCUUGCCGCACGAGGAAGUGUUUGUGGCCGCCUCCUAUUUAGAGGGGAGUGCGACAAUAUGGUUGAGUGGUUUCGUGCAGCUACAAGGAUACGGUCAUGACUUCCGCGCUUGGGCAGUUAACCAAAAACUGGAGGACUUCCUUAAGCUGGUGGAAGAUAGGUGGCACGAUCCUCAGGAGGCUCAAAAGGCCACUGACGCGAUCCUGACUUUGAACAACAGGCAGUUCAAGUCAGUUAGGGAAGCCACAGACGUAGUAGAGCGUCUGAUCUGUGUUCCUGGAGUACGCUAUGACCCCCAGGUCUUACUCACUGCAUACCUUAAAUGUUUUCCUUCGCCUCUCAGGAAUCAGUUGGCAGGUGAGGCCAACAUCAAUACGCACAACUUUCCCUCGUUCAGCAAGAAGGCCCUAGACUUAAAGGCAAAGAUAGGGCAUGGACAUACACCCACGACGGACGGAAGGAAGAAGGCACUGCCUCCCAACUGGAAGGCGAAGGGUCGCAUAAUGUUCCUCGACAACGAUGGUUCUACCAUCGAGUUAGAAGACGACUUCCAGGCGGGACUAGGUUCAGAGGCGGGCAGCGUAGAAGUUUCAGGGGGUGGAACAGUCACUGCCUCUGUCCAGAAAGGUAAGGCGACCGGUAGACGCCAUGGAGGUUCCCGGUCUAGGAGUCAAGUUGACCCCAACGCUCCUCCAUGGGAGAAAGCGGGUCUCAUAGAGGACGUGUGGAGAGACCGGUAUACCAGGCAGGCCUGUAUUCAUUGUGAUCAAUAUGGCCAUAACCAGUUCAAGUGCCGCAACAAGAAAGUGACCGAGAAGAUCCCGCCUACGAUGGGCCAGGCGUUGGGAUCCUCCGCUCCCGUAGGUAGCAAUGUGGCCAGCAGUUCUGGCACUGCUCCGGGAAACACGUCGAGGUGUGAGGCUGCUUUCAACCAUCUGAAGCAUGCCCUCACUAACCAUGAGGUCUUGAAACUGCCCGAUCCUAACAAGCCGUUUAUAGUAACCACGGAUGCCAGCCACUAUGGCAUUGGUGUCGUGCUUGUGCAGCAGGAGGGGAAAAAGUUAAGGCCCGUAGAGUACAUGCCCAAAAAGAUGCCCUCUCAGAAGUUGGGUAAGUCCACCUAUGAGAAGGAACUUUAUGCCAUUUACAAAGCGUUGACUCACUUGAGGCAUUACCUCCUUGGUAGCUUCUUCUACGUCAGGACUGAUCAUCAGACCCUGAGGUGGAUGAAGACUCAACCGGUAUUCUCUGAUGCUCUGAAGCAUUGGAUUGAAGUCAUAGAGCAGUAUGACUUCGAACCCCAGUACAUUAAGGGGGAGUACAACAAGGUUGCUGAUGCGCUAUCGCGUAGGCCAGACUUCCUCGGUGCGCUGAUCACUGAGUUUUGGCUUGCGGACGAUGUUACUCAAUUUUCAGUGGAAGCCUAUCGCGAGGACCCGUUCAUGUCAGAGAUCAUACGCAGACUCGAGGUGAAGGAUAAAGCUACGUCUCAAGAGUUUGAGUUGAUCAAUGGCCUGCUGUUCCUUGAGAAGGCCGGGAAUAAACGUUUGUAUGCUCCACACCGGGAGUCUUUGCGUAGUUUAUUUUUAGACGAGUGUCAUGACGCCACCGGACAUUUUGGGACUAGGAAGAUUGCAACGAAUUUGUUGCAGCGGUUCUGGUGGCCCACAAUGAUGAGAGAUGCGAAGCUGUACAUGGAGAUUUGUCAGGUGUGUCAGAGAGACAAGCCACGUACACAGGCCCCUCUUGGGCUUCUUAAGCCCCUUCCGAUUCCGGAAAGGCCCGGUGAGAGCCUGUUUAUGGAUUUCAUGGACACGGUGGUCACCAGCAAGAGCGGAAUGAGAUACGUCUAUGCCAUUGUGGAUAGGUUUAGCAAGUAUGCUAGGCUAGUCACAAUGCCUGCUACAGCCAAGACUAAGUAUGUGAUCAAGCUGUUUAAAGAGAACUGGGCCAGAGACUUUGGGCUUCCAAAGUCCAUUUCAAGUGACCGGGAUGUCCGAUUCACUAGCGAGUUGUGGAAGGCUGCAGCUGCAGAACAAGGAACACAGCUGCAGAUGACUUAUGGGAACCACCCAGAGGCAAAUGGGCAAGCGGAGCAGCUGAACCGCGUUGUACAACACCUGUUGAGGCAUUACAUAAAGCCCAACCAGGUGGACUGGGAUGAGAAACUUGCUCUCAUCUCCAGCCUGUACAACAAUGUUGUGCACAGCGCAACAGGGGUGAGUCCUAACAGCCUGCUACUGACUUUUAAGCCUAGACUGCCUCUAGACUUCCUAAUACCUGAGAAUCAGCCGACAGCUGCACCUGGAACGUUAGAAUUUGCAUAUCGAUAUGAGCAGUUGAUGCAGCAAUCGGUAGAACAGAUGCACAAAGCCCAGGCGGCGAUGAUAGAGUCUGAGAACAAGCACCGUCGCCCAUCUACAUUUCAGGUAGGGGACAGAGUCUGGGUCAAAUCCUCAGAACUUGGACAGGAGCACGGGAUAUCCCGCAAGCUCAUGCCACAGUACUUUGGACCUUGGGAGGUUCUUGAUAUUGUCGGAGAGGAUCCGGAUGGGCCAUCAUAUGUAAUUCGGAUCCCUGGUCAUCUUCGCACUUACCCUGUCUUCCACGCCUCGAAGCAUGCACCAUCUGAGGAAACUGAUCAGUUUCCCUCGCGACGCUCGAUGCUGCCCCCAACCAUGGAUGGAGAGGUCGACAUCGAUGAUAUCGUGGACCACAGAGAAAUGCCGGUUCCAAGACCGACAGGCAGGGGACGUCCUCCGAAGCCGAAGCUGCAAUACCGAGUUCGGUUCAGACAUCACACUGAUCCAAAGGAGGACAGAUGGUUCACUCGAGAGGAACUGAUGCAGACCGCUCCACAGGCUGUUGCUCAUUAUGAGAAGUCACUGCAGAAAGGAAAGCGCCAGAUUGAGUAAUCAAACUUCUCAGAGGACUGUCGAAGUAUGGAGGAGGGAAUGCGAGGCUCAAGGCCUCGAUC